AUGAAAGAGUUAGGUGAUGAGCUAGUGGCUACUGGAGUCAAUAUUGGAGAUGAGGAACUACUUUUGUACAUAUUGGAUGGUCUCGGACCAAAAUACGAUGCUGUAGUAGCUAACUUAACAUACAAUAGUAGUAUGGCCAGUAUAUAUGAAGCUCAAUUUUUGCUCCACAAACAUGAGAUAAGGUUGGAGCGACAGAAUAAUGCUUUGACAAACUUUCAUGAGCACCUCACCUCUGCACUGAUAGCUUUUAAGCAAGGGAUAUCAGCAUGGUUAUUCACCUGGUGCUAUGGAAAUAGGAUGUCUCAUCCAAUAGAAGGCAUUAUGAGUUCUGUGAAUACAAGUUACCAAGGAGUUGGAUUUAACAAAUCUUUUUACUCAGCUGUACCACCAAAGUCUUUUGGUCCUGGUAUUGCUAAGCUUCAUGGUAAUAUGAUGAAAGGAAGAGGCAGAGGUAGAGGAUACUUUAAGCCAAAACUAAUCUAUCAAGGGUUGUUAGCUGCUACCUGUCCACCACAUGGUUCCUUAAACAAUUCGUUUGCUGGCUUUCAUGACUGCUCUGUUCCUGCAUUGACCAAGGCUGUUCCUGAGUCACUAGUACCUGCAUUCAACACUUAUGAAGCAGUAACAACUCCACAGACAGUGAAUGAUCAAGCUUGGUCUAUGGAUUCAGGGGCAUCUCAUCAGAUGACAGCAGAUGGCUCUAACCUGAUGUUUAAAUCCAAUUAUCCAGGAUGUUCUAAAGUCCAAGUUGGUAAUGGAGAAUCUAUUCCCAUUACUCAUAUAGGUAUGCUUUUGGUGCCUUCAUUUGAUACUAAUAAAGUUGUUAAAUUUAGGAAUAUAUUGUGUGUUCCAAAGAUUGCAAAGACUUUGUUAAGUAUCUCACAGAUUGCUAGGGAAAAUCCUGUCAUAGUAGAGUUCCAUACUGAUGUUUGCUUGGUAAAGGAUAAGGAUAGUGGGACUGUGCUACUUUAA